GCUCAGCAGGGGAAGAUGCCCUUGUAAUAGAAAGAUAGCUUGUCUCUGAGAGAGAGAGAGAGAGAGAGAGAGAGAGAGAGAGAUGGCUGAGGGUCUGCAGGUGGCUUUGAUAUGUUGGUCAGUUAUGUUGAUUGGUGUUUUGAGAGUUUUGUUUCGAUUGAUGAAGGAGAUGUGGCUGAAGCCUGCAAGGAUUCGAUCUGUGCUUUGGAAGCAAGGCAUCCGAGGGCCGCCACCUUCCUUCAUUGCCGGGAACGUUCCAGAGAUGCAGAAGAUCCAGUCCAGCAAUCAGAAACCAUCUGAUGCUAAUCAUGUGCACCACAACUGGGUUCCCUCCAUCUUCCCGUAUCUUCAACAAUGGGAGCAGCUGUAUGGUCCAGUGUAUGUGUACGCAACAGGGAGCAAACAGCACCUGUAUGUGAGCGAUCCCAAGCUGUUAAGGGAACUUAAAUUGCAAAACUACAUGGAUUUGGGUGUACCUAGAUAUUUGAGCAAGCCACUCCAGCCCUUGAUAGGUGACAGCAUUAUUCGAGCCAACGGACAAGAUUUUGCCUACCAGAAGAAAGUCAUUGCUCCUGAAUUCUUCCUCAACAAGGUUAAGGGUAUGGUUUGUCUGAUGGAGGAAUCUGCUGUGGCUUUUAUUAAGACAUGGGAGAGCCGUGUAAUUGAAAGUGAGGGAGGUGUUGUGGACAUAAAAGUUGAUGAGGAAUUGAAGACCCUCUCUGCUGAUAUAAUCUCAAGAGCUUGUUUUGGUAGCUCUUACUCCCAAGGCAACCAGAUUUUUGCAAAGAUUGCUAUCCUCCAGGAGGCCUUGUCUAAUCCAAGUUUGCUCUUUGGCUUUCUCAAUUUUAGCUUAUUUCCCACAGAGAGUGAAAAGAAGAUUAAGAGUUUGAGAAAAGAGGUGGAUGCUUUGUUACUCAAAUUAGUGAGAGAUCGCCAAAAGGAAAGCCAAUCGGGAGGCACGUCAGAAAAGGACCUAUUACAAAUGAUACUCCAAAGUGCUGCUAAUAACAGCACUGACAAGCCUCAACAAUAUAUGCACAAAAGAGACCAAUUCAUUCUGGAUAAUUGUAGAAGCAUCUACUUCGCAGGAUCUGAGACCACAGCUCUGACAGCAUCCUGGACACUGAUGCUCUUGGCAUUGCACCCAGAAUGGCAAGAACGUGUUCGUGUUGAGAUUGCUGAGGUCUGCGGGGACGAUGAUGAUCAACUGCGUCAAUGCUUGAAAGACAUGGACAAACUGAACAAGUUGAAAACGCUGACAAUGGUGAUUCAAGAAAGCCUACGGCUGUAUGGACCUGGAGUUAUAUUGGCAAGGGAAGCUCUAGCAAAAAUGAAGUUGGGGGACUUUACCGUGCCGGAAGGCGUCCACAUAUGGACGCUCAUACCGACACUGCACCGUGACCCCGAAAAUUGGGGUCCGGAUGCUAAUGAGUUCAAGCCAGAGAGGUUUGCAAAUGGGGUGUCUGAGGCAUGCAAGUAUCCACAAGCAUACGUGCCAUUUGGUCAUGGGAGCCGAUCUUGUAUAGGGCAGACUUUUGGCAUGGUGCAGCUCAAGAUAGUGCUUCCUCUCAUUCUGUCCAAGUUCUCAUUCUCCCUUUCUCCAAAUUAUCAACACUCCCCUGUUUAUAAAAUGCUGUUGUUGCCGGAGCAUGGAAUCAGACUCCUUGUUAGGCGUGUGCAGGGAUUUGAAGGCAGUUAGAGCUGGUUUAAGGGUACAAUAAAACCAUUUGUAAAUAGACGGACCCUAUUUGUAAAACCAGUUUACCAUACAAUGUGAUCAACAAAUGUGAUAAAUAUAAUGUUAAUCACAGAAUUAUCCGUCAUAUAUCUUAAUA